AUGCGCGGGCGGCGGCGGGAUGGCCUCGGCCGUGUUUGAGGGCACCUCGCUGGUGAACAUGUUCGUGCGGGGCUGCUGGGUGAACGGCAUCCGGAGGCUGAUUAUCAACCGGCGCGGGGACGAGGAGGAGUUCUUCGAGAUCCGCACCGAGUGGUCGGACAGGAACGUCCUCUACUUGCACCGCAGCUACUCCGACCUGGGCCGCCUCUUCAAGCGCCUGCUCGACUCCUUCCCCGAGGAUCGGCCCGAGCUGUCACAGUCCCCUUUGCUGCAAGGACUAAUUACAAUUAAAGAGUCUCAAGACAUAGAAGCCAGGCUUAAUGAAGUAGAGAAACUUCUCAAGAACAUCAUAAAUAUGCCUUGGAAGUACUCCAGAUCUGAAGUUGUCCUCACCUUCUUUGAAAGAUCUCCUUUAGACCAGGUGUUAAAAAAUGACAACGUCCAUAAAAUUCAACCAACUUUUCAAAGCCCAGUUAAAAUAUCAGAAAUCAUGCGCUCUAAUGGGUUUUGUUUAGCCAAUACUGAAACAAUAGUUAUUGAUCACAGUAUACCAAAUGGAAAAGACAAACACUUGGAUGUAGAUUCAGCAGAACACUUGUUUGAGAACGUUAGUGACUUCACCUCUGAGCUAGAGGAUAGUGAUGAUCCAGCAGCGUAUGUCACCAACUUGUCAUACUACCACCUUGUUCCAUUUGAGACAGAUAUUUUGGACUAAGUCUGUCAAAUGAACUUCAUGGCUGAUGACUUAUUCUAGACAUCCGCUGCCCCAUAGCUUUGCAUUAGUCACACAUGCCAAAGCUAUGUGAUGAACAGCAGAAAAGGGCUAGCUAUAAAUAUUUGUCUUGAAGUGAUAGCUGCUUGGUUCUUCACUGUGGCUUCUAGAGGCACCUGGAAAAGAUGCACCUCUUUCCUGAACAGCUGAGACACCAUUCAUAUUGCCAAAGGAAUGAAAUGAAAACCCCCGUAGCAAAACAUUUUCAAGAAAAGACAUGAUACCGCAAAGUCAGCAGUGGCUAACACAUUGACAAACACAAGUUGGUGCAAAAUAUUACGGGGCGCAUUCUUGCUGAUAUAAGAUCAGACGUGCAAAGAUCAUCCAAACUACUUCUUUCUCAAACUUUCCUACUGUAAUUGUACCUUUUUCUUUGGAAAGUCUCCACUGUUUAAAUACCAACCAUUUUUCUGUUCCUCAAAGUGACCCCUUAUAUCAGGUGUUAUGGUAACUUUUGCUUUGAGAGAUGCCAGAUUAACCAAUGCCUUAUGUCAUGUGUGCCUACAGCAAAAAAUACAUGUUAACAGAUUGCUUAAUUUAUUCCAAGCCUGGAGUUGUUUUAUUGAAUCAUCUGAGGGCCUUUUUCCCUCAUUUGAAAUGCUAGUAUUAAUAAUAAUAAAGGAAACAAGCAAGUUCCAUCCCAAACCAGAUAAGAACCUCAUAAUUUUUAGAUAUUUUGUCUGAAUUUCUAAAGACUCUUAGAAAGAGGAAGGAUUUUUUUUUCUCCUUCACAAACCAGAAAAUGUGGAGAAUUCUCAAUUCUACAGUGUUUACAUAAGGGAGGUGGGGUUUAGCUGUCUAAAAGCUGGAUCACCUGAUUAUGUUCUCCACAAGCAUGCCAUCAAAAAUGGACUUCCAAUGUUGACUGAUUUCCAUCUCUGCCAUGCCAGAAUGAGAAAUACUAAGGAACUUGAAGCAGGAACACGAAGACUUGUGGCAUGAUGGUGCUAACUCCUACAAUAAAUAGGUCUGUAAAGUUGUAAGUACGAUAAGAAUCAUGUACCACUGGGAGAUUAUUUGCAGCAACAUGCCUAUGGCAACUGUUAACAUGCUCCAUUCUUAGGAUAAAUCUGUCUCUGAUCUUGCAUAAAGGUGAUGUCAUGACAGUACAAAUUAACAGUACUUAUACAAUCAUAAUGAACAUGGGAAAUGUAGCAGAAAUCCCUCAACUCAUCAAUGGUCCCUAUUACCCCACAUACACACCCUUCCUAUUCAACAUUGUAAGUAUCCCCCAAAGGCACUGGAAAUGCACACAUGUUCCUUUAGUCCCUGCUCUAUCCCACUUUUGCAUCUUAUUUUCCAUUCCUCCUGUUUCUUUAGCAGCUACAGAGCAUGUAGCAGUUUGAGUAGUGUAGCUUCUUCCAACAAGUUGCAGAAACUCAAAAGAGAUUUUUAUCUAUGCUGCUGUUAAAGCACAAGAGCACCCUUAAAGAUGCCUACCAUGUUAAAUAUUCUUUUCAGUGAGCCAGGAGGAAAAGAAUGAUAGCUCUUGUACUCCAUUAUGGAAACAGGACACAGUCAAGGCCCCCAGAUCCGAGACACAUAGGGGUGAAAGGAAGAAUUUGCAUUAUGUGCUAGUGAGGUAGUUUGUGGUGUCCAUUAGAUACUUGAUGCAGUAGGCUGGGGGUGGGGGGGAGGCCUUAAUUCCUUUGAAUGGUGCUGUGUUAACCCUAUUCUUGGCACAGAUUGAUGGAACUGCAAAACACCUGUUGUCACCAUUCACCUCACGCUAUAUUGACUUCAACUGGCUUAAUAGAUAUUUCUUCUAUCCAGGGAAUCUUGGAACUGUAUUUCUGUGAUCAGUUCUCACUAAACCAGUAUUAGUACUGGUUCCCAUAUAGUUAUAGAACUAUAUAGAUAUAGUUCUCAGGAUUCUUUGGAGGAAGCCAUGAUCAUUUUAAAAACUGGUACAGGUUUAUAAGUGUAGAAGUGGUUGUUUUCAGAAUGGUAUUCCUGCCAGAAUUUAUGUACAGGAUUUGGAAAAAAAUACAUUCCAAGUUACUUGUCUUCUUGUUUUUUUCCUCAGUCCAGAGGAAUAUGGUACAUCUCCUGUGAACCUUUCAGUGUUCUUUUGUAUAAUAAUUGUAAAACAAAAUUUGCUAAUGUAAAUAGUAAUAAAUUAUUGCGAACCCUAAUUCUUUUGCAGGAUGUUUCUGAUAUAUUUUAAUGAAAUAAAAUAUUACUCCUCUUAA